CCCAUCUAACGACCUGAGGGGAAUUGUCGCGUUGUACUUGUAUCGUUGAUAAUAUUUUCGACAAACUAUUGACGGAACACCACCGGCACGUCCUGCACUCCUUGCGCAACGUCGAACCCCGCCAUCGACGGCGAGCUGCUUGUUCCUGUAAGCUCUCCCCUCGGGUCUCUUCAUACCCGAUAUUCAGAGCUCUUGCAGCUAACGUUUGACGAAAGCCCGUCUCAAACUGUGACGACUUGGCACACUUGCACCGUCUAAUAUUAGACUUGAAACUUGCUGUAGCCUUACGAGCGGCUUCUGGCUUUACUACCCGCCAACUUGACCGACGCGCACAAGCAUCGCCGCCGCCGCGGACUGCCGGGUUGUACUACCGCAGCCUAUCUUUCUCCCGCCGUGCCACGAGCCGCCCUAUUUUACGCCCAUACUCCAAGAGAGGGCCGCCGGGGCACCAAAGAACAGCCAGACGGGAGAGAGAGAGGGCAGGGAAAACCGGAAAGAUGAAGAAGAACGACGUCAUCGCCGUUAUUAUCAUCAUCCUGUUCAUCGUGCUGGCGCUGAUUGCGUUUGGCAUCUACCAACUCGUCAGGCUCGCACGGAAUAACGUGCAUGGAACAGUGACGACGUCGUCGAGCGGGAGUAGUGGGGAGUUGGGAGACGAUUAGACCAGCUCUCCCCCCGCCCCCCCCCCCCC